GGCUUUGCCGACGCGAAGGAUUAUUUCACUGACAUUACAAGGAAUUUUAGCCGUCAACCUGCUAUGGAACUUUCCUAUAUAUUUAUGAUUACAGUUUUGUUAAAUGCAGUGUCGGAUGUAUCGCCGAGGUGGUGUGACAGUCAUUACGAGACAGAAUGUAAACAGGAGGUAUGUCUAGGGCCGGCAGGAGAGGACGAGACAUGUCAGGAGAAGACCACACGAUGUAUCAAGUCUAAGAGGAUAGAAUGUAUUCACGGCAACUGCGGUUAUAACAGAUGUAGAUGUGACGCAUGCUGGGAUGGAGGGAAAUGUGACCAAUACAAUAAUAUUCACCAUCCUAGCUUUGCGAGGGAGAAAUACGAAGCAGUCGCAGUUCCAGGAACCCGGGGUGUUCUCCGGGGUAUUGCAGCAUUUGACAAGGACAGCUCUACGUGUGUGAUAACACGUGCGCCCACUUGUCCGUGCGCCCAGAUAUACUACACAAUCGUGGACGCUGACGACCUGCCCUGGCGGUUUUAUAUUAAUCCCCGGACUGGAGACCUGUCGUAUGACGUUCUAGACGUGGGGACGGACAAGGAAUUUCUAGUUGAGAUUGCGGCUGUGAACACACAUCAUAACGGGACGGUUGACCUUGAGGGACAGCACGCAGGCUUCGCUACGGUCAGGGUUUUAGUCACUGACGCGACGGAUAAUACAAAAAAAUCCCACUCACUCGUCUCUCUUCAUCCCAAUCGCGACGUCAUCAGUUGGAGAGACGGGCCAGACACAUCACAGUUCCAACACAGACAUCGACGAAGAAGAGCUGCUGGUCCAGGACUGCCGACUACGACGGAAGUGUCGCUAGUCAAGCUGACUCCCUGGGAGUCCGUAACGACAAUCCGACCAACCGAUGCUGUCCCCUUCCAACACACAGUUGCGCUACCAGAGGGCUCUAGGAACAUCAGUGUAACGGUUUACAGCGCCGUGGAGACGACGUCAGUUUACCAGAUUUGUAACCCUUCCGUGGUGACAGUUGGCAGUAACUUCGGGUCACUGUCAUCCGCCGAUAUAUCCGUCAGCCAAAUCUCGUCUGACGGAAUCACACGGUUUGAUGAGGCCAUAUUCCACUUUGGAAAUGUAACUAACGACGCCAGUGACGUCAUAAAUUCUGCUGCCAGUCAGAUUGUGCUAGAGUUCACGCUUGUGGCACUAAAUAAUGAUUUGUUGACGUCAGGGAACAACUACUCUGUUUACGUGGUGACGUCACACAGUGAUGAGCAGUACCUGGUGGAGGAGGGGUGGUUCGAGUACCACGAUAUAGACACGGAUGCGGGACUAGGAUACGUGUUGUUCCUCACCGGACCGUCGCAGUUACUGCCUGGAGCCUCUGGCACCUGGGACAUUGAGGUGGUAAUAUUUGUCGGAGUCUCGGCGCUGUCGGUGUCAGUGGUGAGCAUGGCUCCCAAUCAUCUCACAAUCUGCGAUAUGUUUCUCGUGAAGGAAGGGGACCUGAUAGCGUGCUAUGAUGAAGGUCCUCUUGCGGCCAAAUCUAUUGCUUCCGGCCUUUUGCUCAACUUCGGUGAUGUCGUCAAUACGGGUUAUAACUUAGGAAAUGUAACCAGUAAUGAGGAGAGAAGUGUAACAGUCCGUGUGAUUGGUUCGAUACCAGCCAAUGCGAUGAUCGGAGACAACUACACGCUGAAGGUUGAAGGAGUGAAAAACGGACUGACAGUCAGCGAGGUGCUACAUAAUGUUACAGUGAACAUCUCUGAACCCGUGAUCACAGCUGUCAGUCCAGCGUUAAGGCUGUCGGCCACAUCAACUGUACUGAUUGGUGGAAGGAGUACUAUUGACUGCGUACUGUUCACGAGUCCAAACCACACAGCGGCUUACAACGUGACUUUCCGAUCCGUGACUGGGUCAUUAUACACGCUCCGCUUCUGUCACGGUACAGUGAACAACACGGGCGACAAUCUCAACUGUGGCGACACCAGCAGCAUAGUUUACGUAUCUCAGGACAAACAGGAGUUGACGUUAGUUUAUGACGUUUUAUCUAACACUGGUAAAAUAUCAGACAUCUCAGCCAGCGAGGUCAACAUGUCGGUGAUCUUUGCUGUUCUGGAAGACGGGACUGUAUCUGAUGGUGAAGUCAUCACAAUGGAAGCAACCGUGACUACAGGAGGUAGUUAUGUGACCACCGCCAUUGAUCUGACGGCACAAACACCCAAUGUUACCAAUGACGUGAUAACUGCAGUUGUUGCUAAUACAGCAGGGAUAACCAGUAUUUACGCUGGUGGCCAAGGCAUGUACGAUGUCACGUUGACCCUAGCCCCACACGCUAUAUACUCAAACAUGCAGCUAACAGCGCAGGUGGUGAACACACCACCUUUUUUACGAAAGGGACUAUGCAGUCUCGCACUUUUAGAGGAGGAAUGUUGGUCUACAACCAAGAUCAACCAGACAAGCAAUGUCUUUAACCCCGCAUUUAAUGACGUCAUGAGCCUCAGUGCGGGUACUGUGAUUAAUUACGAUGGUGUCAGCGCGAGCAUCACUGUGCGCGUGGUGGUGGUGUUAUUGACGGACAACUUUGUGGACGGAGACGUAGUGGAGACUGGACUACUGCUGUCAUACAAUGACGUCACUCUCGAUAUCGGGCCGGCGUCGUCAAUAUUCUCUAGUGCAGUACCUUUGAUACCACAGAUUCCACUCUUUAACGUCACUCAAACAUCUCCCCAAAAUGAAGUCACCGAAGACUCUAUAGCGCUGUUUGGUCUGGACAUAACAACUCCAAAACUAACGUUGACGUCUUACAGGGUACGCGUCACAGUCAACAACCCCGCAGUGUCUGUAUGUUGUAUUCGCCUCAAGUCUCUGGGUAGUAACAUACCAUGCCUCUCUGACGAUAUCCAACAUACCGUAACGGCAUACGCGACAGGCGUGGGAAAUGAGGAGAUUGUGUAUGACUUGCUUACGGUCUCAAACAUAGACGUUGAUGAUACCAUAUUUGCGGACAUGCUGAACCUAGAGGUAGCCACUCAGUUCCGGGACGGUUUUGAAAUAUCCAGCUCAACAGAUUAUAGCGUCAUAUUUGAAGUGUUUUACUCUAACCAGCUGUGGAGUAAUACUCUCUCAUUAGCCGUCGCCACCAACUCGUCCUCAAUCCCUGUCGCUCCAGUGAUGACGCUAGAGAAACACAACAAUGUACAUCAGAUAUGUCGGGGCUGUGGUGCAGUCUACGUCAUCAACAUUUACACGUCACCAGGAUCAAGCGCCUUCUACAGCCUGCAAGUGAACACACAAAUGGGCAUAUCCUCUAUCGGCGACAUGCGAGUGAUCGCAGGAGGAAGUAACGUCCCCUGUCUUAAUGAUAAUGGAAACCUUACACUUAUAUCGGCCGACAAUGUCACAUUCCACAGUGCUACAAAAGACAUAGGAGUUGUCCCCAACGCUGGGACGGUGGGCCCGACACUGGUGGAUGAAAAUAAGAUCAGAGUCGAGGUAGUGGUUGGUGUACCGGUUGAUGCCAGUGCGACGGAGGGCCAGAGUUGCACUGUGUCCGUGGUGCUGACGUACGGAGAGUCUCAGUCCACACUUCAGGAGUCUUUGUCUUACACAAUCACCCUCAGCACUCUUCCGCAACAGGUAAAAACCGCUGGUGUCGCUAUAAUGAUGAUACCACCAAAACCGAACCCUGUGCUAAGUUUCAUCGGCGAGCACCAGACAUGGGAGGUCAUGGUAAUUCUACCAGAAACUACAGACAGCUUUGAAGUGAAUGUGUCCUUGCCAGUUGCUUCAGGGGAAGCUCUGAUGACAGGGACAAGCGCAUCUAUCUCCUUCGUUGGAGGGAAUAUCGCGUUCCCGUCAAAUGUCCAAAUUCAAACAACGCCUGUCUUCGGGACAGGAAACUCUCAAAUGACUACAUUCUUAUUGAAUCUUGGAUGCAUUUCGAAUGUUGGGACAUUCAAUAGGUACCAAUUUCGUCACAAGAAUGACACUGAUGACGUUAUCAUUAUAGAAGUGUCCAUUCAAAUAGCAGAUCAUGUUUUGAAUAUACACGGGGCAGAAAACAAUAUCACAUGUCACGUGACCAGUAACGGUGGAGUAAGCAUAGAGACAUUAAGUUAUCUCACGAUACAUCUGACCGGCAAUGAAGUCGCCGAUCUUAAUUUCACUGCUUGGAAUGAAGGUUUCAUCCACACCGAUAAAAUGUCUGGUGACACCAUCAAGCUCUAUGGGUCUUUGGCACACACCGGAAGCUCGAAUGCCCAUGGUACGGAUAUAGAGGUACAUUAUAUGCUUCCCUUCCUGUCGACGUUCACCAUAUUGACUAACUGGACUGUCAAAGAACCCGUAGUCACUGUUCUACCAGUAGGUCGAGGCGUUUUAUUGCAGUUUCCAGUGGUAUUAUUCACAGACGUGUUAACGUUUGAAUUCAACAUAACAAUAGAUCCACAAAACGUUUUACCGGAAGGAAUGUCUAAUGUUGCUACGGUUACAUUAGCGGAUAUGACGUAUUACACAUAUCAGCGCCAGAGCCGGAUAGACACGGCUCCACAUUUUACGCCUCUUACGAUGUUAGAAUUUGGGUUCGAUACUGCAUAUUGCAAUUCCAAGUUCGGUAUAGACACGGUACUACAGGACUGCCAAAUCACCGCCUCGUCCUUCUCCCCGGGGAGGACGCCGGAAAAUAUUAAAACCUCUUCAGUGGUAUCCUGGGAACCAGCAUAUAGGUAUCAUCCUUUCUGUGGUCAGGAAUAUAUACAGGUUAACUUCGGUAACCAAAUGGCGGUCAAAGGAAUCAUUAUUAUGUCGGCAGGAGAUGACGCUAUUAAUUUUGUGACCAACUUUACCCUUCAGUAUAGUGAUGAUGGUUUAUCCUGGUUUAACGUUACAGACACGGACACAUACGUCACGCAGGUGUUUUACACGAAUUUUAAUAUAACAGACAAACAGGUGAACGACACACAUUUUACACAACUAGAUUUGACACAUGUGUUCGUAGCUAGGCAAGUGCGCCUCAUUCCCAAGUCUUAUUAUCGAACUUGUAAACCGUCGAUACGAGCCGCCUGGGUUGGGUGUCCGGUUGAAAUCAACAGUGGACUAGAUCCCUGUACCCCUCCAGUAACCAAGCCUUUUCAGUUGUUAGCACGAAGUUACGUCAUGGACAGUGUGGGCGGUACCAUCUUUGUUUGUAUACUCGUCCAGAUCGAUGAUGAAGUGCAGUGUUCUUUGUCAGAAGAUUAUGGGGACACAUGGACUGAUAUUGAUUUAACGGUGGGGAACAUAAAAGGCGUGACGUCCAACAAUACUGUGGCCGGUAUAUCCGCAGACGGCCUGUCCCGGAUGUGUUCCUGGGACUCCGGCCUCACAUGGGAGACAUGUCAGCUUGACCAGUACAAUUUAAUAGUCAAUGGCCCCACCUACUCCGCGGCCAUAGAUGUACAAUUUGUGAACCUUAAGGGACUGACUAAUGACUUUCUCCAUGGCAUCUAUGGAUUCACGACCCCAACACAUCUAGUGUCAGCCAACAACAAUGGGAUUGCGGUAAAGGACAUCGCCGCAGGAGUGUGGACUCAGGUGGCGUGGUGGGGGGACAGUGACUGGGAUAUGUUAUAGACGUUGUCGCCAUAUAAAUUCAUGCACAUGGACUAGUACAAUCCUACGGACAUAAUGAAUGAGCUAAACGGGGACACACCGGCAUUGUUAAGGACGGAAGAAAUAGUAUGAGAUAGACAAACCGUACUAAAAUAUAUACAGUAUGAAUGUCUGUGUUCCCAGUUCCUGUCAUAUUUUAUUAAAAGUGUUGGUUAGGAAUAUUUGUAUUAAUGAAGCAAACAAAUUUCUAUAGUGGAUAUUGCCUAAGAAUUG